AUGGCUGCUUCCGGGAGUGGCAUGGCCCAGAAAACGUGGGAGCUAGCCAACAACAUGCAGGAAGCCCAGAGUAUCGAUGAAAUCUACAAAUACGACAAGAAACAGCAGCAAGAAAUCCUGGCGGCGAAGCCCUGGACUAAGGAUCACCAUUACUUUAAGUACUGCAAAAUCUCAGCAUUGGCUCUACUGAAAAUGGUGAUGCAUGCCAGAUCAGGAGGCAACCUGGAAGUGAUGGGCUUGAUGCUGGGAAAGGUGGACGGUGAGACCAUGAUCAUCAUGGACAGCUUUGCUUUGCCUGUCGAGGGCACUGAAACCCGAGUGAACGCUCAGGCCGCCGCUUAUGAGUACAUGGCUGCAUACAUAGAAAAUGCUAAACAGGUUGGCCGCCUUGAAAAUGCAAUUGGCUGGUAUCAUAGCCACCCUGGCUAUGGCUGCUGGCUUUCUGGAAUUGAUGUUAGUACUCAGAUGCUCAAUCAGCAGUUCCAGGAACCAUUUGUAGCAGUGGUAAUUGACCCAACAAGAACAAUAUCUGCAGGGAAAGUGAAUCUUGGAGCCUUCAGGACAUACCCAAAGGGCUACAAGCCUCCAGAUGAAGGACCUUCUGAGUACCAGACCAUCCCACUUAAUAAAAUAGAAGACUUUGGUGUACACUGCAAACAAUACUAUGCCUUAGAAGUCUCAUAUUUCAAAUCCUCUUUGGAUCGGAAAUUGCUUGAACUUUUGUGGAAUAAAUACUGGGUGAAUACGCUGAGUUCCUCUAGCUUGCUUACAAAUGCAGACUAUACCACCGGUCAGGUCUUUGAUUUGUCUGAAAAAUUAGAACAGUCAGAAGCCCAGCUGGGACGAGGAAGUUUCAUGUUGGGUUUAGAAACACAUGACCGAAAGUCAGAAGACAAACUUGCCAAAGCUACGCGAGACAGCUGUAAAACUACCAUAGAAGCUAUCCAUGGAUUGAUGUCUCAGGUUAUUAAGGAUAAACUGUUUAAUCAAAUUAACAUCUCUUAA